CCCACGAGUUUCAUAGAUUUGUUUAAUCUUCUUCAAACCCAUCCAUCAUUAUCCUCCUCCUUUGAUAUAUAUUCCACUUUUCUAUAUCUAUAAUGGUCCCAUUCACCCAUCUUCAUCAUCUUCGUCAACUUUAGAACACACAAACAAACCCUAAUUUCCCCUUCCUUUCACCCAAUCAUCUACUCUCAAUGCUGGUUUACCACCACUAAUUCAAUCAUGUCGUCAUCAUCCACCACCAACCACCACAACGCCGCCGGUCAACCACCACCACCUGGUCUCAAAACUCACUUUAAAACUCCAGAAGGAGGUUAUAAACUUAAGUGCGAGAAAUCUCAUCCGCCCGGUUUUCUUCAUUAUGCUCACGGAAAAUCCACUACUCAGGUGACUCUGGCUCAUCUUAAGGAUAAACCUACACCAUCCGAGCCAUCAUCAUCAUCUUCAUCAUCAAGUUUAGGGGUCGGUAGUGGGGUGAGGUCAGCAGCUGCAAAGUUUUUAGGUGGAAAUAGUAGUAAAACACUUGGUUUUGUUGGCGGGAAUGGCGGAAGCAAGUCUUUAAGCGGGACAACUAAACUCGGAUUAUCAAGUACUUCACAUUCUAAUAGUUAUACAGGCAAUUCAAACUUUGAUGCGAAGGGCACUUACUUGGUGUUCAAUGUCGGUGAUGCGAUUUUCAUCAGUGAUUUGAGUACACAAGAUAAGGAUCCUAUAAAAUCUAUACACUUUAGUACUUCAAAUCCCAUUUCACAUGCUUUUGAUCCAGAUGCCAGAGACGGACAUGAUUUGCUCAUCGGGUUGAACGGUGGUGAUGUUUAUUCAGCCUCAUUAAGACUACAAUUACAAGAUGCUGGAAAAAAACUUGUUGGAGCUCAACAUUAUAACAAAGAUGGCUGUGUAAAUAAUAGUCGGUGUACUAGUAUAGCAUGGGUCCCUAAUGGUGAUGGCACUUUUGUGGUUGCACAUGCGGAUGGAAAUAUGUACGUUUAUGAAAAGAGCAAAGACGGUUCAAGUGAUCCUGCGUUCUCUGUUAUCAAGGAUCCAACUCAAUUUUCUGUUUCACAUGCACGUCAUAGUAAGAAUCCAAUUGCUCGAUGGCAUAUAUGCCAAGGUUCGAUAAACAACAUAGCAUUUUCAAGUGAUGGGGCGUAUUUGGCAACUGUUGGAAGGGAUGGUUAUCUUCGAGUCUUUGACUUCAAAACCGAACAACUUGUAUGUGGAGGGAAAAGCUAUUACGGUGCAUUAUUAUGUUGCUCUUGGAGUAUGGAUGGAAAAUACAUAUUGACGGGAGGUGAAGAUGAUCUAGUUCAGAUUUGGAGUAUGGAAGAACGUAAGAUCGUUGCAUGGGGUGAAGGGCAUAGCUCAUGGGUUAGUGGAGUUGCAUUUGAUUCAUAUUGGUCAGCUCCCAAUAAUGACGACACCGGUGAACACGUCGUGUAUCGGUUUGGUUCGGUUGGUCAGGACACGCAAUUGCUGUUAUGGGAUUUGGAAAGGGACGAGAUAGUGGUGCCAUUGCGUCGAGCCCCAGGUGGUUCACCAACGUUCAGUAGCGGGAGCCAGUCGGCUCAUUGGGACAACAAUAGUUGCCCGGUUGGCGGUUUGCAACCUGCACCAAGCAUGCGAGAUGUCCCGAUGAUCUCUCCAUUGGUGGUUCAUCGUGUUGAAACCGAACCUCUUUCGGGUUUGAUAUUCACUCCUGAAUCUGUACUUACUGUGUGUAGAGAAGGGCGUAUUAAGGUGUGGACAAGACCGACCUUGUCUGAAACUGAACAGGCUGUUUGAGAUUCAGUUGAGACCGGGGUGAAGUGCGGUUUUUGGGUGGAAAGAACAGGUGUUUUGUGCAGGUAAUAGAUUAAUUAACAGGAGGUUAUACUUGUGCCAUUGGCAAUGGAGGGAUUAAGAAAACAAUGAAGAGUGGAGAUUUUUACCUUGCAAGUAUGAGGGAUGUUAACUAGCCUUAAUAAUUCAAGUAUUCUCUUUUUUUUUUUUUUUUUUUUUUUUUUUUUUUUGUUUCGAAUUCGUUACUAAUCUAAUACUCACUUUGCACAUUAGAAAUCA